AUGAACAAGGAAUCCACUACCGGUUCUGGUUCUGGUGGCAAGCGCGGCCCGCGUCGCAGUGGCCCUGGUGGGAACAAAGGUGGCAGCGGCGGCAAGCAUAAGCAGUCGCACUCGCAGCAGCAGCAGCAGCAGGAGCCGCUGGACCCGGUCAAGGUCAAGGAGCGCGCGCUGAAGGAGUACUUUGACAAGUUGCGGCCGGAGAACUUUGACACUUCGGUGGCGCUGGUCGAGACGGCCAAGCUGGACCUGUCGACGACGGCCGAGGUGGCCAAGUUUGUGGGCGCGCUGCUCGACAAGGCGAUGAGCUCGCUCAAGGCAACGCCGACGCUGGCGCACCUUGCGCGGUUUAUGCAGUUUAAGUCUGUGCGCUCGAUGUUCCCGCAGGCCCGCGACGACAGCCAGGCAGUCCAUCUUGUGCUCAACGCGCUGCAGGACAAGAUGAUGUCCCGCCAUGAGCUGGGCCUCUCGCGCCGGCAGGUUGUGGGCCUGCUUGCGCUGGUCGGCGAGCUCUUUAACGUCAGCGUCCUCUCGCUCGCCAUUCUCUCAUCGAUCUUUGCCGACCUCUCGCUGUACUUUGCGCCCGACGCCGCUGCCCGUGCCGCCGCGCUCGCCGAGAGCAAAACGGUGAUGACCGACCGCCAGACGUGCGACAUGGUGGCCGCCUGCCAGCUCUUCCUUACGGUAGGCGCCAAGCUCGACGCGCCCGACGCCGACGAGGCUGCGCACGCGCUUGCCGAACACGUCUUUGUCGGCCUCAAGCUUGCGCAGCGGGCGCAGCUCUUCGACGCCAAGGUCAACUGGCGCAUCGGCCAGGUCUGUGAGCAGCGCGUCCGCGGCUGGUCGUGGAUGCGUCCGCCGCGCACACGGUCCAAGGUCAAGAUCUCCGACAACACCUUUGUGGCGCCGCUCCUCGACCACUGCACCCCGCAUGCUAUUCAGCGGCUGCAGUUCCUCCGUCCAGUCGCCGCCCUCGGUCAGCUGCUGUAUGUUGGUGCGCCGGCGUCGGCUCCGCUCGAUCCCGCCCAGCCGACGGUGGCCCAGCUAUGUGCCCAGGCCACUACUGAGCGUUGGGCCAAGCGCACCGCCGACAUGGCUCUCAUCACCGCAGUCGAUAAGGUCCAGGCCGAGCACGAGCGCCGCGUCGCCGAGGCGGCCCGCGCCGAGGCCCAAGCCGAGGCCCAAGCCAAGGCCAGGGCCGCCGCCGAGGCCAAGGCCCGCGCUGCUGCCGAAGCCAAGGCCCGCGCGGCUGCCGAGGCCAAGGCCCGCGCGGCUGCCGAGGCCAAGUCUCGCGCUGCUGCCGAGGCCAAGGCCCGUGCCGAUUCUCGCGCCCGCACCGCCGCGCCGUCCAAGCCGCACCAGCCGCUCAUCCCGCCGUCCCGCUCUGUGGCGGCGGCCAAGUCGGCCGCCACGCCGGUCAAGCCCGCAGUCCACUCGGCGCUCCUCGACGACGAUGAGGCCGAGCGGCAGCGUCGCCGUGAGGAGGCGCUCUCGCGCAAGAUGGCCGAACGGUCGGUGGCGACCGCGCGGCCGACUGCCGACACGCGGACGACCAAGCGCGGACGCAUCAAGUACCCGAUCGACGCGCUCAUCAAGAUGCAGUUCUCCAAGGCUGUCCGGCCGGAUCUCAUCGACACUAGCAGCUUCCCGCUCGACACGCGGCCGCCGCCAGGCUUUUCGCUGGCGCGGAUCACCAAGCCGUCUCGCUCGUCUGCCCAGGCCGAGCCCGCGCCCGCACCGACGACCGCCGCCGAGCCCGCGCCCGCCGAGCCGGCCAAGCUCUCGCCUGAGAAGCUCGCCCGCCGCGGCAAGUCGAUUCUUGAGGAGUACUUUUCGCUUCGUGACACCAAGGAGGUGGCCGAGUGCCUCGCCGAGCUCAACGCGCCCGAGUACUACCCCAAGUUCAUCUCGCAGUCGCUCACCAUCAUGCUCGAGAAGAAGGAGGACGCCCGCGAGUCGCUGCCCGACCUGUUCAUCGCCCUCGUCUCUGGCUCGGUCGUCGACAUCACCGCCGAUCUCGUGGUCGAGGGUCUGGCGGCCUGCCUGGACCUCCUCGAUGACUUGCUCAUCGACAUCCCGCUCGGCGGCCUCUACGUCGGCCGCCUCGUCGGCCGCCUAAUCGCCGCUGACCUCAUGACCAUCUCGCAGAUUGUCGAGCUCCUCGCCCCGCGCGAGAUGCUCAUCCUCGGCGGCCACGUCGGCAAGCUCAUCGCAGGCAUGGUCCGCGCCAUCGUCGAGGACCUCGAGGAUGAGGAGGCUGUCGACGACCCCGUCGCCGCCGCCAAGGCCAAGUGGGAAGCUGCAGGUGUCGACAUUCGCACCCUCGUCAAGCGCCGCUUCCGCGAAACCGCUGUCCUUCGUGAGUGGCUUGCUUCGGAGCGCAUCAGCGACGUCAUCACCGUUGCCGACGAUGCCUAG